CGUAGUCAACUGGUUCCGCGAAGUACUCUCGUUUGUUCCUGACUACCGCUUGCAAGGAGAGACUGCGACUUUUACAAUCUGCGAUGAAAAAAGUGAGCGACGAGUCUGGGGUCAUGAGCGACGUCGUCGACCGACUGUUGCAUUGGUCAUUGCCAGCCAUCCGGUCAGAGUUCGGGGACGGUGUGGCGUCGAGGAUCGAGAGAACACUACCGGCCGACAGUCAUGCAGAUGUGUUUCGUCUCGGAGCAGGAGGGGAUGAUUCGACAGCGGACGCUGAGGAUGAUGUCGAGCGUGAGGGUGAAGGGAGCGGUGGAGGCAAUUGUGGGUCAUUUUGUGGGUCGGAUGAUUCACUACCGCGUUCAGGGCACGGGUCACAGCGUGGCCGCAGAUCGCGCGAGCGGCCACCAAGCCGUGGCAGGUCGCGUUCGCGUUUCGAACAUGUACGUCCUUUGUGCUGGGACGAUUCGAAGGAUGGUACUUUGCAAAGCGGACCUUGCAAUAAUCGGUCAGCUCAUGUGUUGGAAUCGAUGGGGCACUGGGAAGGCUCGAAAGCGCCUGAUGUCGUCUUCGUGGAGCCGGUGAAGCUGCUGCAGUUGCUCGGGUUAUUCGAUUUGAGUUGCCCGCGCCACGGGGGCGGUUGUGCUGUGGAUGUGUCCUAUGUCGGUUAUCAUGGGCAGAUUUGUCGCAUUUCGCUCGCUUGUAAGAAGUCCUGUCGUUGGACAUGGCACAGUGCACUGGUUGGGGGAGCUGUGUACUCUUGCAGACUUCAGCAACAGGUAUUCCAUGCGAUUGUCACUGCGGGUAUGACAUAUACCGUCCUCAACGACUUCUGCAUCGCGUUUGGGGUGACACUUGUGCACAAGCCCACUUUUUACAGUUGCAUGCGAGGUAAGCCGAAUGUGCGUGAGGGUUGGAAUGCAAAGGUUGUUAUACAGAGCGUGCGGUAUUGUGACUUGGCCAUUGACACGGUUAUGCGAUCAGGGAGACCCGUCACUUUGAUGGUUGACGGUCGCUACGACUCGGCCAGGUCUGCGCAACAUUCCACUGUUACCGCGAUUGAGUGUGAUACUCGUCUUGUGGUGGGGGUUCACACUCUUCGGCCAAAAAAUGAGGGAAAGGCGUCGAACCAACUUGAGGUUCCUGCUGUUGUGCGCCUGUUGAGAGGCUUGCUGUCAAGGGCGUUGAAGAUCCGGUGUGUUGUCUCCGACGAUUGUGCUGCAUUGGGUCCACAGUUGGAGCGUCUGGGUAUUGAAUGGCAGAAGGAUUGCCAUCAUAAGGUAAAAAACAUUCGCAAGGCACUUAAAAAAGUCGUGACACUGAAGGUGCCAAAGAAAUUGAACAACCCUUAUCAGUGCGUGUCGGAAUCUCAAUUUAUGCAGUUCAUGAAGAAGGAGUUGUUGGAUGCCUUGACGGACUGUUUUGGACCAGGGUCUUUAACGGCAAAAGAAGAACGAUUGAAGAAGAGCGACUUCGUUGCUCUUGUGAUGAGCAAAAUGUACCUGUACGGCACGAUGAAAAACAACAAAUCCUUGGUCGUGGAUGCAGAUGGUGUGACUGAGUUCCAUAUGCAUGAGGUGGGGCAUUGGUUUCUUCGUGCUUUCCAGCUUUGCAGAGAUGACGGCGACAACUUUGUCACUCUGCACAAUGAUGUCAUGAUGAUCGCUGACCAUUGGGCCGGGGACCACUCCAGGUGCGUUGUAGACAGAGAGCUUCUAUGCUCAAAGGCGGGUGACCCAUCUCGGCUGCCUCUGUACACGCACGACGACCCCGUGUACGACAUCAUUCGCCAGACGUUGGGUAGGCAUUGCAGCACGACCGUUUGUUCGUACUACGCGGAGUUCCGUCACACGUCAACGGUUGAGACCUUCUAGAGCACAAUCAUCAUUUACGUGAAGAAGGCCUUGCACUUCGAGAAGUCGUAUGAGCCGCGUUUGGCGAUUGCAGU